AUGAUAUCAAACCUUCUUGGCGACAAAGAAUUUGAACUCCCGUCAGUGUUAGAAUGUAAGAAUAUACCAAACAACAGAAACGAAAUCCCUACGCCAGAAAUAGCCGCGUGCUAUGAUCAUUUGAAUAACAUUGAACGCGAAAUAUCGCAGGUCAACAAUGAUAUUGACAUUCAGAUCUUAAUUGGUAGGGACUUGAUAGAAGCUCAUGUAGUUCAUGACCAGAGAAAAGGACCUAAAGACACACCUUACGCUCAGAAAUUAGCACUAGGCUGGGUAAUUGUGUGUGAAGCGUGCUUAGGAAGUAGAAACAUUCAGGUAGACAAUCUCAAAUUAACUGUGAACAAAACGUGCAUCUCUAGUGAAGGUAGAAACACUGUGUUAUCUCCCUGUACAAACAGUUUCCUUUGUAAAGAAGAAUAUAAUCCACUUAGCCAGGAUUGUGAAAUCUUCAGGAAAACAAAAGACGAUGAUAAGCCAGGUCUCUCAGUGGAAGAUAGAGAAUUCAUGAGCUUGAUGAAUGAAAACUUCGUUCGUGGUCCAGCUGGCAACUGGACAGCUCCGUUACCAUUCAAGUCUUAUAGGCCGCGUUUACCCAACAACAAGGUUUUGGCAGAACGGCGCGCCAAAUUAUUGCAUGUGAGCCUGAAAAAGAACCCAACAAAGAAACAACAUUUCGUUGAAUUUAUGAGCAAAAUCCUUGAAAAUGGACAUGCCGAAGUAGCACCAGAACUGAAACCCAACGAAGAAUGUUGGUUUUUACCUAUAUUCGGUGUGUAUCAUCCGAAAAAAGUUGACCAGAUCCGCGUCGUGUUUGACUCCUCGGCAAACUUUCAAGAUUUGUCAUUGAAUGAUGUCCUUAUGUCUGGACCAGAUCUCACAAACAACCUUUUUGGUGUGUUGUUACGAUUCCGGAAGGAACCAAUAGCAGUGACAGCUGAUAUCCAACAGAUGUUCUACUGUUUUCAUGUGAAUGAAGAACAUAGAAACUUCCUCAGAUUCCUAUGGUAUCAGGACAAUGAUACAAACAAGAAAUUGAUCGAGUAUAGGAUGAAAGUACAUGUCUUCGGAAACCGUCCUUCACCCGCGGUUGCAGCAUAUGGUUUGCGCAAGGCAGCUUUGACUAGUUCUGGCGAGCUCGGCUUGGACGUGACAGACUUCAUCAUGAACAAUUUCUACGUAGAUGAUGGCCUCACAUCUGUUCCUUCAGAAGAACAGGCAGUCACCUUGAUAGUUGGCACACAGUCAGCUUUGAUGAAAAGUGGUAAUUUGCGCCUUCACAAGAUUGCCUCGAACAGUAUGAAUGUGUUGAAUGCUUUACCCCGUGAAGAUUUAGCCAGAAAUCUAACAGAUAUAGACCUUUCCUGCAGUGAGAUUCCAUUACAACACAGCCUAGGACUCUGCUGGAAUAUAAAGAAUGACACUUUCACGUUUCAAGUAUCCAAAGAUGUGAAACCGUUCACACGCCGUGGCAUUUUGUCUACAAUCAAUAGUGUUUACGACCCUGUGGGUUUUGUGGCGCCUGUUGUGAUUACAGGGAAGUUACUCUUGCAAGAUUUAGUGUCUGUAAACCAGGAAUGGGAUGAUUCACUACCAGAAGAUAACAUCACUGUAUGGCAAGACUGGUGCUCCUCUCUUAGUAGUUUGAAUAUGUUAGGAAUCCCUCGUCACUGCAUACAGUCGUCAAGUGAGGCUACCAAGGAGCUACAUGUGUACAACGAUGCGUCAGAAAGGGUGAUAGCCGCGGUAGCUUACAUUAUCUCAUCCCACAAUAGUUUCCAGCACCAGACCAGUUUUGUUUUGGGCAAGACAAAGGUGGCACCCCGCAGUGGUCACACCAUUCCUAGAUUAGAAUUAUGUGCCGCUGUGUUAGGUAUCGAAGUUGCUUGCACAGUACUGACAAACAUUGCCAUAGAUUUCACUCAAAUCAAAUAUUAUUCGGACAGCAAGGUUGUGCUAGGCUAUAUAGGCAACAAAACAAGACGUAUGUUUCUAACCGCGUACAGAAGAUUCUGUCUCACUCAUCGCCAGAGCAGUCAUACUACGUAUCAACACACCUCAAUCCUGCAGACAUUGGCACCAGAGGAGUUUCAGCAACAGACCUAG